AUGUAUUCCCGCUGCCGGUCCGUUCUGUUCCGGUCCGUUCUGAUCGCCGUCCGACGUCAAACUUUUCGGGUAGGUCACCUCGAAUUUCACACACUUGAUCGAACUGAAACGCCCAUUAAAAUCGAAUCACGGGGCGGCGAAGAGUGCGUGUAGAUUCGAGAGAGAAAACGACGAAAAGAGACACAAUAUUUGAUAGGGAAGAGAGAAAGAGAGAAAGAGAGAGAGAGAGAGAAAGAGAGAGAGGGAGAGAGAGAGAGAGAGAGAGAGAGAGAGAGAGAGAGAGAGAGAGAGAGAGAGAGAGAGAGAGUGUCCCGUGUUGAUAAAACCAUUAGUCAGUUGUUGGCCGACGGGGCCUCGAUUCCCGCCCGUUUUCACACUGUUUUCAAACCAAUUUCCGUGCUUCUUCUCGAUCUUUCUAUCUCUGUGAGGGAGCAGAAAAAAGAGUGUUUCGAAAAGUUUGAAAACUUUCAGUUUCGAGGUGAACAUUUGAAACUGACGUAAAACUGGGUGUCCUGAUAAACGCGAAAGUGAUUCACGAACUAAUUUAAAAACUACUUUUGCAUUUGCAGUCAUUUCCCAAAAGUUUUAAAGGUUUCCGGUUCCAUCACAAUGUUAUUUCUCUUUUUGGAAGCACCUUCUCAGUGUGCGUGAUGGAUUUAAUGAUAAUAACGAAACAUCUCUCCGAAAAUGUGCUCAAAAGUCCAAACUUGUGAACUUGUGUUUUACCAUGUGAGAAACUCAAAUAUUACAGUCUCAAAGGCUUCACAUGAACGAUCUUUUUGAUGGCUCAACUUAUUCGCAGGCAGUUUUUGGAAAUUCAUAACUUUUUUCACACAAAUCGUAUCGAUUCGGGGAAUAGCGAAGACAGCUGGCGAUUUGGUAUUCUAUAAAAUAAAAAUGCUUUCGAUUUACGAAAUAAGUGUAGCAGUAAUAAUUUGUUGUAAACUACUCGUAUUUUUCCUUCAUAGAAAGCCUAAAUUCUGACAUUUCCGCUUCUAGCCAAGUCUAGACGCCUUUCUGGGAAAAAGAAAAGAUUUGCUCAAAUCCGUUCGCAUUUCCAGACCGCCUUUGCGAGCGAAUCACUUCCUCGCCUAUCGCUUUCGAUCCCGAUCAUCUUUUCUUAUCUCGUGUGCCCUUUCUCAAGUGGAACGAUUAUGAUACAAGACAGAAACAAACACUCUCUCCUUUGCUCUUUUCGAGGUUUUUAAAUUAAGUAUAGGUCUUAAUCUAUUAAAAAUAUUAAGAAACUAUCAAUAUCUGAUGGACGAAUGAAACAGAAACCAAUGAUAGUUCAGGCACUAACGAUUCCUUCCAACAAAAAGUAAUUUUCCCACGUGCACACGUCUGCGUCUCUUAUCAUUUCCUCUUUUUCACGUGAAAAGUGCAUCCGUCUCUCGUAAAUCUCGAGCCGCCGAGGCUCAUUUAAUGAAAAAGUCAGCGAAUUGGAAACAGAAUGACAUUCGGCUGCUGGUUUUAGGACCGAAUUGGUAUCAUCCGAUUCGGAUCCUCCGUCCCUCCGCCAAUAUUUCCGACGCCUGAUCUCUGACUCCCCUCACAUCAUAAUUUGCCACUUUCUCUCUCUCGUUUCGUCUAUUUGAAUAUCACUUGAGAAACCGUCGUUUCUUACUCUUUCGGACACCAAAAAACCGCCUCGACACACACUUUCUCUUGUAGUUUUACGAGAUUCCCACACGUUUUGGGAUCCAAUCGGAGACCGAAACGUUUUUGCUGUUUCACGUUGUGCUCAUCAUUGUUGCUACUAUCAAUUGAACCGUCGCUGUCGAAACUAGCCUAGCACGAACCGGAAAAUGUUAUUGGCAUACUAAUUAAUGAAAAAGUGAGCAUCUGUCACAUGAAACCCACUUUUUCACUUUCCGAAACAUCUACAUCCGUCUAGUGCUGUUUCACAAAGUUCUCAAUAACCGUUACACUUGGCGAGGUUAUUAGUCGCUUUGCCACUCUUCGCUAUAAACUAGCUGUAAGAAGCGUAUUCUUUGAAAAAAGAUGCACCAUGACUGGAGGUUGUCUCGCCAAUGAUAUUACUUAAUGUUCACGAAACUUGGACCCCGUUUCAAAUAGUCCUUUAAACUGACAACUGUACCGUGCAAAUAAUUAUUUACCAUCAUGUUUUCCUCUCAUUGAUAUCAUCCGGCUGAUCCGCGCCGCCCUCGUUCCCUCCGUUUCCGUCUCUCUUUCCGCCCGGCCAGAUCACUCUUUUUCUCUGCGCCCUCUCCAAUUCGAACCCUCUCUCGGCGCCCCGCUUUUUUCUCGCUUUUUCAUGCGAAUGAAUGAAUCGGCGAUGAGCAGAACGAGGAGCCGACAAAUUGGUGCCGCCAAAUUGUUGAUGUUGUUGCACUUUUUCGCACCAGUUUUAGGGAAUUUUCACAUUUUUGCUGAAAACGUGAAAAAAACUAUAAAUUUCGCUGUUUCUAGUAGUUUUCAAAAAAUUUCAAGUUUUUGAGCCGAAAUGUUUCCAGUUUUUAGUAGUCUCUUUUCUCGGCGCUCUCUCACUUUCCAACACUCUCUCGCUCCGGCACCUUGAUAAAUAUUCCUUCCGAAAGAAAUAUAUUUAUAACUUUGACGGAAAUAAUCUCGACCAAACACACACCUGCAUUUUUCACCUGCAUUUUUAAUCUUCGUCCCCACUCCCAACAAAAUUCUCGUUUUGCGGGGUCAGAUUUUCGACAUUUUUACGGCCGAGUGUGGAAAACUAUAAAAACUGGUUUGGCAGCCAAUUUUUAUGUCAAAUUUCGAAUAAAAUCGCCGUCAAAACGCCGAUAUCGACAUUGUUUCUGACACUUUCGAUUGUUAUGCGUGUUUCGCUGAAUUUUCUUGAUUUUUGCAACACAAAUACUCGAGAAAAGUUGAACAAUGCAAACGCGCUCUACUGCACUUUUCGGAAAAAGCCGUGAAUUUCAAUACUUCCCUUCGAAUUCUCACCAUUUUCAAAAGAAAAAAAUGUUGCAGAUGGUGUCGCUGGAGGUGCCGUCGGAAAGCCCGGGAAGAUCGCAAAGAGCGCCUUCCGAAGAGUGCGAAAUCGCAUUUUCGCACGACGAUCCGACGCUGACGUGGAAGGAUCGGACGACCGAGUGCGUCGAUCUCAAAGUACGUUUUUCUUAUACUCAAUUUAGAGUUUUUGCCUCUUGGUGUUUGCAGACUCAAGCCUAAUUUCAGGAAAUUUUGGCUUUAGUCUUCAAACACCGAGGGUCAAUAACGAUACAUUGAGCUUAUUGAGAUGCUCAAAUCGAUAAUCUCCAAUCCGUCUGAAAUAUUCGAUUUUUGCAGAAAGUCUUCUCGAAAUUCGACUCAUCGGCGCCGAUCAGCGGCGAAAUUCUGUUCCGAGCCCGAUUUUUGUGCGCAAAAUAUCUCGGAGGGGCGUGGCGGAAGGCCAAGAUAGAGGAUUUCCGCAUCAGAGCCAUAACGUACGCAAAUUUCACAAAGGAAUCCGAAAAAUCGCAAAUUUUCAGGGGCGGAAUGUCGAAUCUGCUGUUCCUGGUGGAGCUGCCGGCUCACUUGACGCCCAUUCAAAUGGAGCCCGAGAAAGCGUUGCUCCGAGUGCAUUGCCAGGCCGAUAUCGAUCAAUUACUGUCAGAGUCCGUCGUUUUCACACUUCUUUCCGGUAGAAAUCGAGACUUCCCGACUAUUUCGUAGUUUUUGUGAUUUCAGAGCGAAAUUUGGGUCCGAAGAUGCUCGGCGUGUUUCCGGGCGGUCGAUUCGAGCAGUUCAUCCCCAGCCGGCCUCUGCAGUGCCUCGAAAUCAGCAAACCCGGGUUCAUUUUUUGGAAAAAACAAUCGAUUUUCAACAGAAUCUUUGCAGACUUUCCCGAUUAAUUGCUCCGAUCGUCGCACGAGUGCACACUUUGGACGCUCCGAUUCCGAAAGAGCCACAAACCCUGGAGACUGCUCGGCAGUGGCUCGAACGCUUCAAGUUUGCCGAGAUUUUCACUAAAAGCUGAUAAAAAAUGGGAUUUUUCAGGAAAACGCCCGCGGGCGAGCGUCCCAUCGAACUCUACUUGACACGCGCAAAUGUGCCCGAAUCGGAUGUGAGUUUCCCGUAAAACAAAUGAAUUCAUCGGCAGAGUUUCAGUAUCCGUCGUCGAUCACAGUCGCUCAGCUGGAACGGGAACUCAAUUUCGUCGAGUUUUUCCUUCAAAAGAGCGGAAGUCCCGUCGUUUUUUCGCAUAACGAUUUGCAGGUAAGCACUUUUUAAAAUGUUUGAAAAUUUCUGUUUCAUAAUUAUCAUAAAUGCUGUUAUGAUAUUAACUGCCUAAUAUUACCAUAAAUCUUCGCAAUUUCAGGAAGGAAACUUCCUUUUGAUCGACGGAUACCAACUGGCCGACGACGGGACCGUUCUGACGGCCGACGGAAAACCGACGAACGACGAUCCGUUGUCCCUUAUUGAUUUCGAGUAUUGCAGCUAUAAUUACAGGUAGAAAAUGAAUUUAAUCUGAUUGACUCAUUCGAUCAGAAUUUUAAUGCUAAAAAAAAAUCAUGUUUCAAAGGUGUGCCAUGUAGUGACCUUUUCAAAUCUUUCUCUAAUUCCAUUGGAUUCAAGUCUGGAAAUUUCACAACAUUUUUUUGAAUUCCCUGUUUCAAAUUGUUGGAUAAAAUUGAGAGCAGCUAUUUCGGUUGUAAUCAUUUUUAAAUUGACUUUCAGAGGAUUCGACCUGGGCAACCAUUUCUGCGAGUACGGCUACGAUUACAACGAAUCCGAGCCGCCCUACUACAAAAUCCAUCAGCACUUUUUCGACGUGGAAAAGGAGCGGAAAAUAUUCUGCGAAGCGUAUCUCGACGAAGUUUAUAAAGUAAAAAAAAGGCCCAGAAGUUCAGCAAAAAUCGGAUUUUUUUUGUGUUUCAGAUGCGCGCGUGUGGGGAUAAUCCGCAUUUCCCGUCGGAUCUGGUGACCGGAGACCGCGAGAAGGAUCUGCAGAAGAUCGUGGAGGAGUCGAUCCUGUUCAUGCCCGUCUCGAACAUCUUCUGGGUCUGCUGGUCUCUGAUCAACGCCGAGGAAUCGUCGAUCGCCUUCGACUAUGGAGCAUACGGCCGGGACCGGCUCGCCCUGUACUUCCAUCAGAAAAAGAACCUCGAAAAGUACCUUUCCAAUCUGUGA